AACACAUCGGGAGAACACAAGUCAUAGUAAUAACAUCAAAAUGUUUGCUAAGGCUACUGUAAUUGCGUGCAUCAUUGGAUUGGCGCGUUCUGGUGCUAUCCAUAACUCGGCAACUCAUCUCGGCCAAUACGGAAACCUUGGUGCCUAUGGACAGCACCGACUGGCUGGAAACUUACGAUAUGCUGGCAACCCGGCCAAUGCGGAUGAAGCCGUCUCCUACGUAAACAUCGUCAGAGAGAUUUCAAACCGAGGAGGAUAUACCAAUGGUGCUUAUCCUAAUAGUAUUAGUGGAAUUGCUAGCCGCGGUCUCUCUGGAUACAGCAACGCUGCUGGAUGGCCUAAUCCUGGCUAUGCUGGCCUUCCCUAUCGUGGAGCAACAGGUCUGCCUUAUCCUGGAAGUGUUGUCGCAUUUGCUGGUGCUGGCUAUCCUUACAACGGCAACCUGGGCUAUUCUGGAGUUGGAUUUCCCUAUCCUCACGCCCCUAUCUAUUCUGCAGGUAGCAAUCCUCAGGCAGGCGUUGCUGCGUAUGGCGGAGUCACUGCGUCUUAUUCUAACAUAUACAAUAGUCCUCUUCGAAGCCCCCUUCUCGGCAAUGGGGCUUAUGGAAUAGGUGCCGCAGCUGGAUAUGGUUAUGGUAAUGGCUAUGGACACGGCCAAGCUUGGUAGAUAUAAUAUUAAUGUAUGCCUUAGAACGGUUAAUUUAAUUUGAACUGAUGUGCAAUACAAUGAUUUUAAAAGUAUUUUUAUUUUUUUCAUUCAAAAUUGUAUGUUAGAUCUUCUUAUAAUAUCAGUACAAUAUAUAUUUCUUUGGUAUUUAAACUCUUUAUAUUAGAGAGAAAUAAAAAUUCGAAAUAUAAAGUCCUCGGUCUAAAGCUAAGACGGAAACUCACGGCUUCUGUUUAAAUAAUAAGCUUCCUAUUUCCGAGCAUUGCAAAAUCUAUACGUCUCCAGUCACUGAUAUUGGAAAUACUUUUCGUUUCAGCUUAUUGCAGGGUUAGACCGAACAUGUCUCCACGUAUAGGGUAUUUUAAAAUGUAGAAUAUUGUUGCAGACUUCUCACACGAAUGGAAUACAAAAUGCAGAUACUCACUUACUCCACCAAUAGCAUAUAGAAACCUUAUGGAACCUUGAAUACAAGUUACAAAACAUACAGUAAUGUGAAAUUAUCUUACAUCCAUUUACAUAUCUUAUUAUAAUAUCCGUAAAGAUCUCCGUAUUAUUUAGGUAGUUUAAAUUCUUGAAAAAACUCCACGAUAUUGAAUUUACAUUUCAAAAACAAUAGGUAUCAUAAAAAUAAAGAGCAGUAAAAUUGAAUAGAAUUAACAAUCUCUUCGUGUUUAUAGACUACAAUACAAUCCAACACAGAUAACAUUAGUCCAGUAAUUCCCAUUUAAUUUCAUUCUAUUAUUACCACAACACGAUAAGAACUCUAUUAUAUGAAAUUAAGAGUUCGCAAGUUUUUACAAAACUACGUAUUUGCCCGCUUUUUCAUGAGCGCAUGAAAAUACCUUUUUUGUGAUUUCGGGAUUACUCCCAUACAAAAGUUGUUUAGUAUCAUGGACUGAGCAUGUAGACAAAAAGUCGCCAGUGAUUAAAAUGCCACCCUAUAUAAUUAGUCAAUUGAUUAAUGUAGUUAUUAACUGCAAGACGCAAGCAUCCCGUGUAAACCUGGUUGAUAGACGCUAUGCUGUCUCUGUGAUCGAUCGUUGGACACACAGUAAUUAACGCCAUACACUGAGGAAUGUUUGAUCAGUCACAGGCUGUACUGUAAUAAGGUAUUAAACGUAUUAAACUGAAAUU